AUGUCUUCCGAGAAGCCCGCAGAGCUUCAGACACACGAGCGCGUCCACUGGCGUGAUGACGAGGAGCAGGGCAGGUCCCGUCGCCGCUCGCGGCCGCCGCUGAGCCGCACCAACUCGGCGGACUCGCUCGCCAUCCGCAGCAUCCACUCGAGAGGGCCCGUCGACCCUGCCCUGACCCUCCCGAUCCAGUACCGGACGGUUUCGUUCCAGAUCGAGGAGUCCAAGGGGAGAGAUCGGGCCCAGCUGGCUCGCGCGGCCGAUACGGCUGCCAAAGACCUCAGUGACCUCGAAUGGCACAUCAUCACGCCCGCCGACGUGGCCCAGAGACUCGUCACGUCGGCCUCGAGCGGCCUCUCCGACGACCAGGCCAAGCGAAGACUGCAUGAGUACGGCAGGAACGCGCCGUCGCCCCCCAAGACGAACAAGACGCUCACGAUCCUGGGCUACUUUUUCAAGGGCUUUGGCGGCAUCCUCCUCAUCGGCAGCAUCCUCGUCUUCAUCUCCUGGCGGCCCCUGGGCCAACCCCCAGCGCUGGCCAACCUGGCCCUGGCCAUUGUCCUGCUCGCCGUCUUCUUCAUCCAGGCCGCCUUUGCCAUGUUCCAGGACUGGUCCACGUCCCGCGUCAUGUCGUCCAUCAAGGACAUGCUCCCCGAGCACUGCCAGGUUACUAGAGACGGACAGCUCGUCCUCGUUCCCGCCGAGAGCCUUGUGCCGGGCGACGUCGUCUCCAUCAAGUCGGGCAACAAGCUGCCCGCCGACCUGCGCUUCAUCGACAUCUCCUCCGACGCAAAGUUCGACCGCUCGGUGCUGACGGGAGAGUCGCGCCCCAUUGCCGCCACGGUCAACCACACCGACUCCAACUACCUCGAGACGCACAACAUCGGCCUGCAGGGCACGCACUGCAUCAUCGGCUCCGGCACGGGCAUCGUCGUGGCCACGGGCGACCGCACCGUCUUUGGCCGCAUCGCCACCCUGACCAACGAGCCGAACCCCAAGAUGACGACGCUCGAGAGGGAGGUGCUCUACUUUGUCCUCUUCAUUUGCGCCAUCAUGUUUACCAUGAUCACCGUCGUCCUCAUUGUCUGGGGAGCCUGGCUGAGGCGAGACUACCCCAACUGGAUCAACGUGGCGACGCUCAUAGUCGACUGCGUCAGUGUAGCCGUCGCCUUUAUCCCCGAGGGCCUUCCCAUUGCCAUCACGGCCGGCUUGACAAUCACGGCCAACAUGAUGAGGAAAAACAUGGUCCUCUGCAAGUCCCUCAAGACGGUCGAGACGCUGGGCUCGGUAUCCGUCAUCUGCUCCGACAAGACGGGGACAUUGACCCAGGGCAAAAUGUCUCUCACAGACUGCUCCAUCGGAGCCGUCAACAUGUCCGUCAACUCGCUCAAGGAGGACAUUGCCUCGCACCAGUCCAGCGGCAACGACGCAUCCUCUCUGGCCUCGUUCUUCCAGCUCGGCGCCCUGGCCGCCCUCUGCAACGCGGCCGAGAUCGACGCCGCCCAGCCAGACGUGCCCAUUGAGCAGCGCAACGUCUUUGGCGACGCAACCGACACGGCCGUCCUUCGCUUCUCCGAGUCGCUCGCUGACGGCAACGUGUCGUACUUGCGCGCCUGCUGGCACCGCGUCUUUGAGCUGGCCUUUAACAGCAAGAACAAGUUUAUGAUUCGCUGCUUUAGCAUAUCCCGCCGCGAGGCGCUCAAGCACACGCUGCACGGCGAAGCUGCCGAGAAUUUCGGAGACCAAGACUUGCUGCUGACGGUCAAGGGCGCCCCGGACGUCCUGAUCGGGCGGUGUUCCGAGUAUCUCGCGCCUUCGGGAGAAAUCGUGCCCUUCGACGAGCAUGUCGCCGCCACCUUUGAGCGCGUCAAGAACAUCUACUCGUCCCAGGGCAAGCGGUGCCUGCUGCUGGCCCGCAAGAUAGUGCCAGUCGACAGGGUCGUGGACCAGCCGGGCACGACAGGAUACGAAGAAGGCAUGAUGGACGAGGCCAAGUCUGGCCUGACGCUCGUCGGCUUGGUGGCCAUUGUCGACCCCCUGCGGCCGGAAAUCCGCGACGUCGUCGCUACCCUCCGCGGAGCCGGCAUCCGAUUCGCCAUGGUCACGGGCGACUUUGCCCUCACUGCGCUGGCCAUUGCCCGCGAGGCCGGCAUCGUCACCUGCGUCCACGUCGACUCGGCCGACAGCCUGGAGCGCAACCCGGAAGUCGGCUCGGGCUCUGACGACGCCGACGAGGCCAAGCCCGGCUGGGCCGGGUCCCGGGGGGCCAUUGUCAUCAGCGGGCCGGAGCUGACGGCGCUCAACGACAACCAGUGGAAGCUGCUGACGGCCUACGAGGAGAUUGUCUUUGCCCGCACGACGCCCGAACAGAAGCUGCGCAUCGUGCGCGAGUUCCAGAGCGAAAACGUCGUGGCCAUGACGGGCGACGGCGUCAACGACGCGCCCUCGCUGAAGGCUGCCGAUGUGGGCAUUUCCAUGGGCAGCGGCUCCGACAUUGCCAUGGAAGCUGCCGACAUGGUUCUUUUGGAUUCCUUUUCUUCUGUUGUUGUCGCUGUGCAGUACGGACGAGUUGUGUUUGAUAACCUGAAAAAGGUCAUUGCAUACCUGCUCCCCGCUGGCAGUUUCUCCGAGUUCUGGCCCGUCAUGACGUCUGUUCUUUUUGGCCUGCCGCAGAUUCUCUCCUCGUUCCUCAUGAUUAUCAUCUGCUGCUUCACCGACUGUGCCGCGGCGACGAUCCUGUCGUUUGAAAAGCCCGAGGCCGACGUGCUGCUGCGCCGGCCCAGAAACGUCAAGAAGGACCGGCUGGUCAACUGGCAGCUCAUCUUCCACGCCUACGGCAUCAUCGGCAUGCUGGAGACGCUGGCCUCGUUCGCCAUGGCCUACUGGUACCUGCAGCGCAACGGCAUCCCCUUUAGCGACCUGUGGUUCAGCUUCGGGAAGCUGCCGGCCUCCAUCGACCCUGACUACUACAACCGCAAGCUCGCCGAGGCGUCGUCCAUUUACUUUGUCAACCUCGUCGUCAUGCAGUGGUUCAACCUCAUGGCCACGCGCACCCGCCGCCUCAGCAUCUUCCAGCACCCGCCCCUGUUCAACCGCGAGACGCAGAACCUGUACCUCUUCCCCUCCAUCCUCUUCGCCCUGGGCAUGGCUGUCCUAUGGCUGUACCCGCCCUCGAUCCAGGCCGUCAUCGGCACCGCCGCCGUCCCCGUUGAGCACUGGUUCCUGCCCUUUGCCUUUGGCCUGUUCAUCAUCAUCGGCGACGAGGCGAGGCGCUACUGGGUCAGGAAAUAUCCCGAGGGUCUGUUGGCCCGGGCUGCGUGGUAG